AUUGCUUACCCUCCCUCACCACCGCACUGACAGUUUCGGUUCCUAACAAAAGCACUUUCCUCCUCAGCCACCCAUAAUCAAGACAAAUUUGCCAAAUAAAUCUUGUAGAAACGCCAGUUUGGGCCUGAAAAAUUCCAGGAGCAAGACUUAAGGUCUGUCACUCCAUGGGGAUCUGGAGGGGGACUCCCUUCCCGGAAACUUGAAGGUGAAGUGCUGGAUGUAAUUUUAGAAGGACAGCUAAUUGGCUUUUUAAAAAGAUCGCCCAGGGCCUUGGCCUAAGAGCUGGAAGCUGUUCGGAGUGAUAGAGAAGCCAUGGAAGCAGCUGAGAAGGAGGAAAUCAGUGUCAAAGAUGAAGCUGUGGAUAAAAACAUUUUCAGAGACUGCAACAGGAUCGCAUUUUACAGGCGUCAGAAACAGUGGCUUUCCAAGAAGUCCACCUAUCAGGUAUUACUAGACUCAGUCACAACAGUUGAAGACAGCACCAGGUUCCAAAUCAUCAAUGAAGCAAGUAAGGUUCCUCUCCUGGCUGAAAUUUAUGGUAUAGAAGGAAACAUUUUCAGGCUUAAGAUUAAUGAAGAGAGUCCUCUAAAACCCAGGUAUGAAGUUCCUGAUGUCCUCACAAGCAAGCCAAGCACUGUAAGACUGAUUCCAUCCUUAGGGGAUACAGGCAGUCUGAUAUUGGCAAAUGAAAAAGGAGACCUCAGGUGUCAUAUCACAGCAAAUCCAUUCAAGAUAGACUUGGUGUCUGAAGAAGAGGUUGUGAUGAGCAUAAAUUCCCUGGGCCAAUUAUACUUUGAGCAUCUACAGAUUCUUCACAAACAAAGAACUGCUAAAGAAAACGAGGAGGAGGCAUCAGUGGACACCUCUCAGGAAAAUCAAGAGGAUCUGGGCCUUUGGGAAGAGAAAUUUGGAAAAUUUGUGGAUAUCAAAGCUAAUGGCCCUUCUUCCAUUGGUUUGGAUUUCUCCUUGCAUGAAUUUGAGCAUCUGUAUGGUAUCCCACAACAUGCAGAAUCACACCAACUUAAAAAUACUGGGGAUGGAGAUGCUUACCGUCUUUAUAACCUGGAUGUCUAUGGAUACCAAAUACAUGAUAAAAUGGGCAUUUAUGGUUCAGUACCUUAUCUCCUGGCUCACAAACUGGGCAGAACUAUAGGUAUUUUCUGGCUAAAUGCCUCAGAAACACUGGUGGAGAUCAAUACAGAGCCUGCAGUAGAGUACACACUGACCCAGAUGGGCCCAGUUGCUGCUAAACAAAAGGUCAGAUCUCGAACUCAUGUGCACUGGAUGUCAGAAAGUGGAAUCAUUGAUGUUUUUCUGCUGACAGGACCUACACCUUCUGAUGUCUUCAGACAGUACUCACACCUUACAGGUACACAAGCUAUGCCCCCUCUUUUCUCUUUGGGUUACCACCAGUGCCGCUGGAAUUACGAAGAUGAGCAGGAUGUAAAAGCAGUGGAUGCAGGGUUUGAUGAGCAUGACAUUCCUUAUGAUGCCAUGUGGCUGGACAUAGAGCACACUGAGGGCAAGAGGUACUUCACCUGGGACAAAAAAAGAUUCGCAAACCCCAAGAAGAUGCAAGAGCUGCUCAGGAGCAAAAAACGUAAGCUUGUGGUCAUCAGUGAUCCCCACAUCAAGAUUGAUCCUGACUACUCAGUAUAUGUGAAGGCCAAAGAUCAGGGCUUCUUUGUGAGGAAUCAGGAAGGGGAAGACUUUGAAGGGGUGUGCUGGCCUGGUCUCUCCUCUUACCUGGAUUUCACCAAUCCCAAGGUCAGAGAGUGGUAUUCAAGUCUUUUUGCUUUCCCUGUGUAUCAGGGAUCUACAGAUAUCCUCUUCCUUUGGAAUGAUAUGAAUGAGCCCUCUGUCUUUAGAGGGCCAGAACAAACCAUGCAGAAGAAUGCCAUUCAUCAUGGCAAUUGGGAGCACAGAGAACUCCACAACAUCUACGGCUUUUAUCACCAAAUGGCUACUGCAGAAGGACUGAUACAGCGAUCUAAAGGGAAGGAAAGACCCUUUGUUCUUACACGUUCUUUCUUUGCUGGAUCACAGAAGUAUGGUGCCGUGUGGACAGGUGACAACACAGCAGAAUGGAGCUACCUGAAAAUUUCUAUCCCAAUGUUACUCACUCUCAGCAUUACUGGGAUCUCUUUUUGUGGAGCUGACAUAGGUGGGUUCAUUGGGAAUCCAGAGACAGAGCUGCUAGUGCGUUGGUACCAGGCUGGAGCCUACCAGCCUUUCUUCCGUGGCCAUGCUACCAUGAACACCAAGCGGCGGGAGCCCUGGCUCUUUGGGGAGGAACACACCCGGCUCAUCCGAGAAGCCAUCAGAGAGCGCUAUGGCCUCCUGCCAUAUUGGUAUUCUCUGUUCUACCAUGCACACGUGGCUUCCCAACCUGUUAUGAGGCCUCUGUGGGUAGAGUUCCCCAAUGAACUAAAGACUUUUGAUAUGGAAGAUGAAUACAUGCUGGGGAGUGCAUUGUUGAUUCAUCCAGUCACAGAACCAAAAGCCACCAUAGUUGAUGUGUUUCUGCCAGGAUCGAAUGAGGUCUGGUAUGACUGUAAGACAUUUGCUUGUUGGGAAGGAGGGUGUACUGUAAAGAUUCCAGUAGCCCUGGACACUAUACCAGUGUUUCAGCGAGGUGGAAGUGUGGUACCAAUAAAGACAACCAUAGGAAAAUCCACAGGCUGGAUGACUGAAUCUUCCUAUGGACUCCGGGUUGCUCUAAGCACAAAGGGUUCUUCAGUGGGUGAGUUAUAUCUUGAUGAUGGCCAUUCAUUCCAGUACCUCCACCAGCAGCAAUUUUUGCACAGGAAGUUUUCAUUCUGUUCCAGUGUUUUGAUCAAUAGUUCUGCCGACCAGAGGGGUCAUUAUCCCAGCAAGUGUGUGGUGGAGCAAAUCUUGGUCUUAGGCCUCAGGAAGGAGCCAUCUUCUGUGAUUACCCACUCAUCCGAUGGUAAAGAUCAGCCUGUGGCUUUUAUGUAUUGUGCCAAAACAUCCACCCUGAGCCUGAAGAAUCUCUCACUCAACAUUGCCACUGACUGGGAGGUCCACAUCAUAUGACAAAGAACUGCCCUUGGUGACAUGAGCAGGGACCUGCCUGCCCUUUUCAACCUUUCCCCUUGCCUUUUGUGAGAUUUGUGCUGCAAUCUGCUUGCCUUCCCUGAGUCAAAAUAAUCUUUCAUUCAUCGCCAUUAUGCCAAUGAACAAUAGAUUUCAUGUUUUAAAAUUUCCGAUUUUACAUGUUAAGAUGUAGUAGCAGUAUUCCUUGUGUCAGACAUCACUUUUUUUCCUGGACACAUACCCCUGAGACAUAUAUAGUGUUCAGGAGUCUUCCUUUGCUUCCAUUCCUUGAGCAGGGCUGCAUGGGUCUGUUUUAAUCUGGGCCAAGCCUACCUGGGCAGCCCAUUUGCCAGGGCUUGCCUCAGGCCAUGUGACAUUGGUGCUUUGGCUGCAGCAGCUGAGUUGCUCAAGGCCAGUCUCCAAGUGGACAGCAGCCUCUGGUACUCCCCAGUUAUCUUUCACCUACAUGGGCUGGACAAAGCAGCCCUCUUGGGUUUGUACUGCAUGCUCUGCAGCAGUGGGAAUUAUUCUUCCCUAAAGAUCAACUUGGCAGCACAAAGGAUUCUUUUUCCUUUUGUGCUUCUCAGGCUAAUCUUAAAAUCCAUGUCUUUUAAGCUGUUUUUUAAUUAAGUGCUAUCUACUAACCAAAGAAUAUUUGUAAUAUGAGUAAGCUAUAAUUAAUAACAGUGAAAUAAAUAUCCAUGUCUACUUCUACUGAACUUCAGAAGUAGAAUUCAUGGCUGGCUGGGAUGAGGCAAGUGAGGCCCUGGUCUUGGGCGCAAAAUUUAAGGGAUACCAAAAAAUACAGUAAUCAAAAUAAGUAAUAUUUCAGUGCACUAUUUUUAAAAAUCAGAAUUAAUGCAACAAAUACCCAUGAUGAACAAAAUAUCAAAAUUUAAAAUAAAAACAGGAUUCAUAUUGCUGAGUUUUCCUUUUGUCCCAGGCUUUAAUAUGGCUUGCCAUGAGGCAAAACAUUACAACGUACCAGUCAUGUUAUGAUGCCCAUGGAUCUACAGACCCCAGUGGCUCCCUGCUGCCUGCUGCACCAUCUGUUUUGGCAGCCUCAACUCUUUAGCACUGUUUAGCAUACACCUCUUCUCAUCAGGCUUCCUCCACUUAGCAACUUGCCAACAGCCCCCUCUGCACCUUCUGAUCCCUGGGCAGCAAUAUCUCCCCCAACCCUUACCAUCCUUCUAGGCCCAACUCAAAUCCCACUUUCCCGUGAAGCCUAACUACCCCAACACUCCUAUCCCCACACCCAUUAGCAGUGAUUUUGCCCUUCCCUGAAAUGCUGUCCCACUUAUAACUGUGCUCUACUUAGCAUUCUCAGGGAUCAUGUCUUAAUAUUUCCAGUAUGUCUCUGCUUUCCUACUAGAUUGUAUAUUCCUCCAGAGCAUGUUCUAUUUCUCUUCUGUCUUACAGAGCACCAUUAUACCUGACUUUCAGUAACUGUUCGGCUAUGAUUGCUUAGCUGGUGGAUUUAAUUGAUUAAAAAAUUAUAAUUGAAUGU